GGGAGCAAAUAAAAAUUCAGAUCGUCAAAAAUGUGGAAAUAUAUUAAUAAAUAUAAAAACUAUUAAAAACAAGAAUAAGAUUUUUACAUUUCAUUGUGCUUUUUGUAGCACGGACUGCGAUCAAUUAAAAAAGUUCUCUAAACAUCUUGAAGAGCAUUUGCAUCAUUUUGAAGAUGCAGAAUAUACAGAGGAACAAGUCAAGUGUCCAAUUCUUGUAUUCGAACCAGAAGAAAUUAAGGUCGAAGAAUCAUUAGAUAUGGAAGUAAUUGAAGAAGACUAUAAGAAAAUUGUAAAUAGCUCUACAUGUUCUGAAGUAUAUAGAGAUCCUUUGGAGACAAGGAAAUCUGAAAAAAACGUACUAAAAAACAUGGAUAGUGUAGAGGAUUUUGUGAUAACAGACGUUAAAGAUGAACGUGAAGAAAUUGUCAAAGAUAAUGUUGAAUGUUGUGAAAUAGGCAAGAAUAAAGUGACAUUUGAUAACAGUACAAAUAGCAUCCCAGAAGAGACCACCAAUAAUUUUAAUCAACGAUAUCCUUUCAUACUAAAAGAUUGUAGUUCCGAUGAAUUCUCUGACGAUUCAAACGACGCAGAUUUUGAUGUUGAAUUAAGCACUGAAAAUACCGCUGAUACACUAAAAAAGGAAACUAAAACAAAGAAGUCAAAAAACUCUGAAAAUAAGAAAAAAUCAGCAAAAGAAACCAGCGAUGUAGAUGAUGUUAAUAAAUUCUCAAAUACAAACAAGCCAAAGAAACGUCGACGGACUAUAAUUGAAACAAUAUUACCAAAUUUAAUAAAACAAUACAAAAAGUAUGAAAUUUUAUGGCAGGUAGAUAAUAUCUCAUUUGGAGUAAAAAAUAAAAAAUAUGAAGUUUAUGCCAAAAUACUUGAGGAGUUAAAAAUAGAACAAGAUGUAAACAUAAGCUUGGAGGAUAUAAACUACCACAUGAACUAUUUAAAUGAAUUGUAUUCCAAAGAUAAAGAACAAGAAUUAAGGUGUAAAAUGGAAGAAAAGAUAUUUGUACCUGAAUAUGAACUCUAUACGGAAAUGUCAUUUCUCAGCGACAGUCAAGGGCCAUUUGUAUGUACGAUUUGCAAUGAAAUACUGCCAAAAUAUGAUUCCUACUGCCAGCAUAUGGCUCAACACAAUGGAACACAGCCAUUUAAGUGUCCUUCCUGUGAUGUGACGUUUACUAAUUAUCACAAGUACCUCAUACAUAAAAAACGUCAUUUGGGCAUAUAUAAUUUUCACUGUGAUAUAUGCGGCAAAGGGUAUCUGUUUAAAAACGAUUUAGAAUGGCAUGUAACUUCUCAUACAGGUGAUAAACCAUAUUUGUGUCAAAUAUGUGGCACCGGUUUUAGAGCACGACAUGGUUACGACAAUCAUAUACGUCGACACGAGGAACGCUUUCGCUAUGAAUGUCACAUUUGUAAAAGAGGAUUCAAUCAACUACAUGCUCUCAACAAUCAUGUUAAGUCUCAUCUCAACAUUCGCGACAUCAUAUGCAAUAUUUGUGGCAAAGGUUUUGUACAUAACAAAUAUUUAAAGAGACACCAACUUAUACAUGGCGAAGUAAAAAAUUAUAAGUGCAAUGAAUGCGGCAAGGCGUUUUUCCAGGCGUGCGGCUUACGAGCCCAUCGAAAAAAUCAUCAUUCCUAAUCCACAAACAAUAUUAAAAAUAUACAUAAAUGUAUUAGGCUUAAUUUU